AUGGCGCGACGACCUUCCUCAAGACGUUCACAUUCGAUGGAGGAAGGAAGCACGUCGAGGCGGUCACCGGUCAACUCUAUAAACCCUAACGUCUUCAGUGACGAGUACGCUCUGGAUCGAGAUUCAAUAGGCGCAUCAAGUCCAACGAACUCGAUCGAUAGUCGCCCGGAAGAGCUGAGCGUGGACCAACACCAUGACAUAACACGGGAAUCUCGAGAAUAUUUCCCGCCAGGGCUACCCGGCAACACCUUGAGUCUCAAUCGUUCGUCCCUCACGAAAAGGCCUCUACCAGCCGAAUCCUCCGUGUCUCCUCAUCGAGCCAUAUCAGCCUCAUCCCGCUCAGUAGCAGAUACCCGAAGAUCUCUCAGCACCUCCUCUCGAUUCUCCGUGCCCAGGGCUCAGAGUCCUUAUCGAGGACCAACUGCACCAAGUCAACCCUAUGGCUUAUACACUCAAGUUACUAGAGCGUCGAGUAUAGUCAGCGAUUCGACGAUUCGACCUCUAGAACUGCCUUUCGUCCCCCAAGGCGGACCUGAACACCCGUAUUCGAUGUAUCCUCAGAACACUGUACCCGACGAUGACAGCUCCGAGACACACGUUGGCUUGGGAUUUCCUGGCCUCGGCCAAGUCUAUCAACCGGCGGCUACCUCGUCUGGGAAUGAGUUGGGCGACAUUGUGGGCAGAGAUGGACAUGUCGAGCAAUUACCACCCUAUAGCCGAUAUGCCGACAACGUUAUCGCGAAAGGGGACAUGGCCAGGAUAGAACCCCAGCGGUCGACUGCCACUGAAGAAUCAGCCGCGCCUUCAAUGCUUCCAGCCGCUGAUGCUUCUGGGUCGGAUAUGGAACUGACAGCUGUCGGAGCUGGAUCUGGUCCAGAUGAAGUUGCUAGGAAAGAAGGCUUGUCUGAAAAACGACGGCGAAGGACAUGUUGUGGAGUACCCCUACGGACAGUACUCUUUGUCGUCACUGUCGUGAUUCUCGCAGCGGUAGUUGGAGGAGUCGUUGGCGGUGUUGUUGGGAAUCAACAUGGCCAGCACCAUGCCGAGGCGGCAGCAACUACGACUGUAUGGUUAGAUGCCGAUCCUGCUCAGACUGGCCCUUCGACACCAUCGUGCCCUACUGGUCACUACACGAUCCCGCUCAAUCAAACCCAACAAGUCGAUGCCUGUGUGGUUGACGGGCAAUACUCUAGCACGUGGGAGUGCUUGGACUAUGCAAGACUUGGAAUAAACAUAUUCGACAGUUCCGGUAGUCCACCUCUGUCUGCAGUCUUCGAUGACUACUCGGUAAGACCUCAGCUUUUCAGAUAUGGACCGCAACCUCCAGACUUCAACGGAACUUCUUUUACAAUGCAACCCUACAUGGACAAGGAAGACGACGAGCUUGGAGUAGCCUUGUUUUUCAGCGUCCUAUUUGACAAACUCAUCAUCGUUCCUGAGGGCCAGCUUGGUCCUUCUGACUACAUGGAUAAACGUUCUUCACGUGCACGAGAUCUAUCGGGAAGAGGUAUAGGCUACUGGGGUGACGACGAUGACUAUCUCAACAUCGGUGACAAACCAUGGUACUGCUUUUGGAAUUCCACCAUCAGCGAAUUCUGGAUCUUCUUGGAUCAAAACAUGGAUGACACGAACGAGAUUGAUAACGUUACCAGCACAAUAACUUCAGCGUCGAGUACGUACACGACUGCUCAUGGUUAUGGCAUGUCGACCUCCGGACCAAAGUAUGGUAGUGAGGCGACGAGUCAGAACCCCUCCCUGACGACACCUUACCCGAGCGAGCCCACCGAUGAAGCAUAUUGGACUGGUGGAUCGAAAGUCGAACGUCAAGCCAGCGUGGGCUCACCCAACUUCCCCAAGCUUGCCAAGAUGGUGGAGAAACGCAAACCCGAGGACAACGUCGAACCAUAUUGCCAACAGAUGCAAGUGCUCAACAACUGGCAGAUCAUGCCUAUACCUGAUGUGCCGACCAUUUGCAUCGAAGAAAGCGAUUACAAUUCGGCUGCUGCCACCGGCGGCAGCAGAAUGACCAGGCGCAAGCGUAAUGGAAAUACGGUGCAGCAAUUGGCCUCGAAUUGUAUUUGCGAGUGGUUCAGUGUAUAG